GAUACACAUUUCGUUUGAAAACUACUGUAAUAAAGAGGUGUUGAGAGUUCGAAUAGACAAUGCAACAAGUACUAAAGAAGUGAAUCAGAGUGCUAGGCUGUGUGGUCACAACAUAUUACAAUUAGUAGGUAACAUAAUAAAUGUCAUCGGAAUUGUCUUCAAACAGCCAAUUAUACGGCAACCUCUUGUCGCCUCUCCUCUCUCCGGAGGCUAUCCCGGAAAAAGUAACGAUGGAUGAUAUGUUGGAGAAGUACUGCGGAGAGUUCGGGUUGUGGCAGCUGAGACACUUAGUGUUAAGCAGCUUGGCUUGGUUGCUACAAGGUAUUCAUACUUCGGUCAUGAUCUUUGCAGAUCGCGAACCAGCAUGGCACUGUUUGAUGAGUCACGCUGGUUAUACUACUCCCCGCUGUCCUACGACAGCAGGGAGUAUGUGUGACCUCGAGCCUAGCUCUUGGGAAUGGUCGAGUGGAAAGGGAAGUUCUACGAUGUCGGAAUUCGGAUUGAUAUGUGGAGACAAGUUUAAGGUUGGACUUGUCCAAUCUAUAUUUUUUGCUGGCUGCAUGAUCGGUGCGGGAGUAUUUGGACAUUUAUCAGAUUCAAAACUGGGGAGGAAAGGCUCCCUCGCAAUGGUUUGCAUCUUGAACACCAUUUUUGGUAUUCUAACUGCAUUCUCUUCUGAUUAUUCAACCUAUGUCAUGUUCCGAUUUCUCACUGGUUUAAGCGCUGGUGGCACUGGCAUUAUUGCUUUUGUUAUUGGUACUGAACCCGUAGGCCAAUCCUGGCGUGGUGUAGCCGGAAUGUCACCUUUCUAUUUUUAUUCUACUGGAAUAGCCGUUGUAUCCGCCAUUGGUUACUUCAUCCAACCAUGGCGCUCUCUCUACAUUGCUUCUUCAAUUCCAUCGGUUAUUUUCGUUAUCUUUCUACUUCCUUUCCUCCAUGAGUCACCUCGUUGGUACCUCGUUAGAGGGAAGGUAGACGAAGCCAUGAAAAUUAUGCAGAAAAUCGCCGUAUCAAAUGGCAAACCAAACAUUCCUGAUGGCAUUGUUCUUGCUCUCGAUAGUGAAGUGAACGAAGAUGUUCCUAAUGCUCAAUCUGAUACCAAAGAAGCGGUAAAAGGAACAAUAUUAGAUGUACUAAGGUCUCCUAUCACGAGGAUUCGGUUUUUCUUAGGCGUGGCUGUCAACUUCUUUUCUUCUGCUGUGUAUUACGGGUUAAGUUUAAACGCUGUCAAUCUCGGAACUAAUUUGUACCUCAACGUUGCCCUUAACGCGGUUGCUGAAAUGCCAGCCUACUUGUUAUCAGCAUUCGUGUUGGACAGGCUUGGUCGAAAGCCGGUAGCUAUUGGGACAAUGUGGUUCAGCGGAGUUUUCUGCUUAGCAGGAAGCUUAGUGAAGAGCACUAACGAGGCUUGGAAAGUAGUCCGCAUGGUAUGCGGACUGCUAGGAAUAUUUGGUAUCGCUGGUACUUUCAGUAUAUUGUACGUGUAUUUGAUGGAAUUGUUUCCGACCGUAGUGAGAAAUGCUGCAUUGGGAUGCGCAACACAAGCCGUGCAACUAGGUGCAAUUUCGGCACCCAUCGUGGUGGUUUUAGGGGGCGGGGCACCGUUUGCUGUGUUCGGGGCGUGUGGAAUUGCAGGAGGUUUUUUGGUAACGUAUCUACCAGAGACACUGAACAAGCCACUUUAUGAUACAAUGGAUGGACUACAAGAAGCUGAAGCAAAAUAAGUACACUUUUAAGCAUUUGUUUAAGUGUUUUGAACUGAACUUUUUAUGAAAAUAAAUAGUUGGGUUUAGCUAUAAAUGGUGAAAUUGAAAAUAAGCUCUUAAAUGUAUUUGGUAAAAAAAAAAAAGUUGUAAAACAUUAUUUGGUACUUAUUAUAAAUGCAGAGUAAAUGCUAGGUAAAAUUGUUAUUGAAGAA